AUGCAUGUGGAAUUCUGCGCCCUACUCUACGCCUCAAGCGAGAAUUCGCUCUACGCUGUUGCAAAGGAGGCUACGCUUGUCAAGCUGGAUGGUAAGACACUGACUCUGAUUGACGCCUACUCUGUACCGCCUUUGCCACAGACUUCUGCUUAUUGUCAGGAUUCGUUAGGAUGCAAACAGCGGAGGGAGAUCAAUGUAUUAGCAAAGACACCAGAAAAGCCUUUUGUCUUCUACUGCUCUCUUCACUACGAAGAGUAUCCACGCGGAGUCACCCGACAGGCUCUCACCAGUUGUGUGGUUCCCAAUGUAAGUAAACUGGUUAACUUUGUGACGUCAGCAAGUGGCAUCACUAACACUGUGACAGAAGCGGUGAUAUAG